UUUGGUCACCUAUAGUUGUUGUUAUAUGACCAGUCAGGCGUGAUGACCAGUAUUGCGUUAAUCUGAUUGCGUGACCUUCCGAUGUGAGAGGAGCAAAAUGGCGCUCAGAUUGUCUUGCUUGCUCUCUAUGAUUGUUUAUAUGGCAUCAUGGCAGGAAAACUUCUUUGCAGAGUCUCUUAACAAUGGCCUAGCCUUAACGCCACCAAUGGGAUGGAUGGAUUGGGAGAGAUUCCGUUGUAACACAGACUGCAAAAAUGACCCAGACAACUGCAUUGGUGAAAAAUUAUUCAUGGAUAUGGCAACUCGCAUGGCUGAGGAUGGUUUUAAGGAUGUUGGCUAUAAAUAUGUAUCUAUUGAUGAUUGUUGGAUGUCUCACAACCGAACGGCUGAUGGCCAGCUUCAACCUGAUCCUAGCAGAUUUCCAAGUGGAAUGAAAGCUCUUGCUGACUUUAUUCAUUCUAAAGGAUUAAAGCUGGGAAUAUAUGCAGAUUAUGGAACAAAAACUUGUGCAGGAUAUCCAGGAACCAUUGAUCACAUUCAACAAGACAUGGAUACAUUUGCAGGCUGGGGAGUCGAUUACCUAAAGCUGGAUGGUUGCUAUAGUGACCCUGACAAAAUGGAUACAGGUUACCCAAUGGUUACUAAAGCCCUUAACAACACAGGCAGACCAAUAGUAUUUUCCUGCAGCUGGCCUGCCUAUCAAAGUGCAAAGAAAACACCUAACUACACAUGGAUAGCUGAAAACUGUAAUUUGUGGAGGAACUACGAUGACAUACAGGAUUCUUGGCAAAGUGUUACAUCAAUUGUUAAGUGGUAUGGUGACCAUCAAGAUGAAAUGAUUCCAGUUGCAGGACCAGGAAACUGGAAUGACCCUGAUAUGCUCAUUAUUGGUGAUUUCAGUUUAAGUUUUGAACAGUCAAAGGCACAGUUUGCUCUGUGGUCUGUUAUGGCAUCUCCCCUAAUUAUGUCCACUGAUCUUCGUAACAUUGCACCAUGGGCAAAAGAAAUCCUUCAAAAUGGUGAUGUGAUAGCUGUCAAUCAGGACAAACUGGGGAGAAUGGGAAGGAGAGUUCUGCUGGAUGGAAAUCAAGAGAUCUGGGCACGGCCCUUGUCUGAUGGAUCAGUUGCUGUGGUGUUAUUUUCACACUCAGAGUCUACCCCUGAAACUAUGGAAGCAAGUUUUAAAUUGGUUGGGUUAAGUGCUGAGAAAGCUAAGGCACGUGACCUGUUUGAACACAAGGAACUUGGGACAUUCAUGGGAAGCUUCCAUGCCAUUGUAAACCCGAGUGGUGUAGUGAUGGUCAGAUUAUCGCCAUUAGAGUGACGAUCUUGGAUGUCUAAUGAAACUUGACUGGACCUGCGGACACAACAAGCUUUUACAGACUACCUUUUUUCGUUUGUUGGUUUUCUAUUUUUGCAUUGAAAGAAUGCAUAUUUGUGAUU